AUGAUCCUAUCGUCGCAGCUCAUGCUAGCUUUAAUAGCAGUGUCAGGAUACGGUAAAGCAAUGCAAGUUCCUAAAAAAGACCACGAAAAUAGGCAGUAUUUUGCAAUUGAAUCUUAUGAUGAUGUAGGUAAUCUACUAGCGGAACACAGUGACUGGAGUUUCGAGCACGAUGUUCGAGGCCUUGCCAAUCACUAUGUGUUCUCGAAACCGUUGCAGAGUUUGGGUAAACGAGAUGCGAUUGACACAGGAUAUUCAGAAAACAUCAUUGAUUUCCACGAUCUACCCCCCGUUCAGUUACACAAAAGAUUGCCUAUUGGGGAUUCUAGUAUGGAACAAAUCCAGAACGCUAGAAUUCUUUUCAAUAUUUCUGAUCCAUUGUUUGAUCAGCAGUGGCACUUGAUCAAUCCAAACUACCCUGGAAAUGACGUUAACGUAACUGGUUUAUGGAAAGAAAACAUCACUGGCUAUGGUGUAGUGGCAGCAUUGGUGGAUGAUGGAUUGGAUUAUGAGAACGAAGAUUUAAAAGACAAUUUCUGUGUUGAAGGUUCUUGGGAUUUUAAUGACAACAACCCAUUGCCGAAGCCAAGGCUAAAAGAUGAUUACCAUGGUACCCGCUGCGCAGGUGAAAUAGCGGCUUUCCGUAAUGAUAUUUGUGGGGUUGGUGUCGCCUAUAACUCUAAGGUAUCCGGUAUCAGAAUUUUGUCAGGCCAGAUCACAGCCGAAGAUGAGGCUGCUUCAUUAAUUUAUGGACUAGACGUUAAUGAUAUUUACUCUUGCUCGUGGGGUCCAUCUGAUGACGGUAAAACUAUGCAAGCGCCGGAUACAUUAGUAAAAAAGGCAAUCAUAAAAGGUGUAACAGAAGGACGAGAUGCAAAAGGUGCACUAUAUGUAUUUGCGAGUGGGAAUGGUGGUAUGUUUGGCGACAGCUGCAACUUUGACGGCUACACAAACUCUAUAUUUUCUAUCACUGUAGGUGCCAUUGAUUGGAAGGGCCUACAUCCUCCAUAUUCUGAAUCAUGUUCUGCUGUAAUGGUUGUUACUUAUUCUUCGGGAUCAGGAAAUUACAUAAAAACAACAGAUUUAGACGAAAAAUGUUCCAAUACGCAUGGAGGCACUUCAGCUGCAGCUCCUCUUGCAGCUGGUAUAUAUACUUUAGUGCUGGAAGCUAACCCGAACUUAACAUGGCGAGAUGUACAAUACCUCUCAAUAUUGAGCUCUGAGGAAAUAAAUCCGCACGAUGGAAAGUGGCAGGAUACAGCUAUGGGAAAGCGUUAUUCUCACACAUAUGGAUUUGGAAAACUUGAUGCAUAUAACAUUGUCCAUAUGGCAAAAAGUUGGAUCAAUGUAAACCCACAAGGUUGGCUUUACCUUCCUACAAUCGUUGAAAAACAGUCUAUCAGUAAUUCAGAUGAAGUUAUAGAAUCCACAGUCUCAGUUUCUGCUGAAGAGUUUAAACAAAAUAACCUAAAAAGGUUGGAACAUGUCACUGUAACUGUCGAUAUAGACGCACCUUACCGUGGACAUGUCUUAGUAGAUCUAAUAUCGCCUGAUGGAGUUACAUCUACCUUAGCGACAGCUAGACGUUUAGAUAAAAACCGCUAUGGUUUUCAAAAUUGGACUUUCAUGUCUGUCGCGCACUGGGGCUCUAGUGGAGUUGGAAGCUGGAAAUUAAAAGUAAAGUCUACGCAUGAUAAUGAAAUUGUAACACUCAAAUCUUGGAGAUUAAAGAUGUUUGGAGAAACUAUCGAUGCAAAGAAGGCCAAAGUGAUAUCAUAUGGAAAUGACAAAGAGGAUGCUGAAGUUAAGAGUACCGAAUCUAAAACCACAACUCCCACUGCACAAACUUCGUCAUUCACGACGACUUCUGGAGAAGAAACAUCUGGUGCAAAUAAGUUGCCUCGUCCCGAACAGGCUGCCCAGUUAUACUUGGCAAUUUUUGUCAUUGGUGCGAUAGUCAUCAUAAUUUACUAUUUGUUUUUCUUAAAAUCAAGAAGAAUAAUCAGAAGGUCUAGAGCAGAAGCUUAUGAAUUUGAUAUCAUUGAUACCGACUCAGAAUACGAUUCUUCGAUUAAUCAAACUGCAGAGUCUAUAUCUGGUGAAGUAAAUGAUGAUAACCUUGAAGACUUUAACUUCGACAUAAAUGAAGAAGAGCUCUCACCCCGUGAAAGUUCAAGCAAUAAUCCUUUCGGGAAUGAAUCUCUGGAAUCUUUCGACAAUUCUCCUGAUCAUACAAGCAAUUUACUAGGGCAAAACUCGAUUCCCAACAAAUAG